CGGGCCUUUUGGGGCGCAGAUAAAAUGAGAACUGUCGUUGGAUUCAAUACUUGAGUUUAACGAUGUAGGGACAAGCUUUGAAGUCCCGAAAGGCCGAGCCGAGAUCUCUGCGGAGAGACAUUAGGACCCAGAAGCGAUGCUAACGGUAUCCAGUCUAGCUCUAAGUCUCCAAGAAGCCAAGACUGCCGACCGUAUAACUGGGCGCAUAGAACGUGCGGAAGACAACCAACUUUUCGAAAUGUACCUGCUUCUAUAUAGUAUGGUGAACUUGACAACAACUUGAGUCACCACAUUACCCCCUGUAUCCGCCAGAGACCAUAAACAGUGCUGCCUUCGGUCAGGUUCCCACCCUGAUCCACGUCAACAUCUUCCACUUCGACAUGUCCUCCUCGUCACCUGUGGAUGCACCAUCCCAUGUGCUAGAGCUCCUGUCAAGACUCCAUAAAGUGUCGUUGGAGCAGGAAGCUGCCAUUGAUAAAACUGGCAAGGUCUUCUCGGCCACGGUCAUAGGAGACUUCGAAGACAAGCUUCCUGACAAGGAUGCAACGGCCGAGUUCGACAAGCUGAUGCUUGAUAAAUUCAUCGCCCUCGAUGAAGAUAAGUGUCAGUUUGUAUAUCAAUUAAUCAACGCGAUGGGAGCCACCAACGUGGUGGAGGCAGGGACUAGUUUCGGUGUCAGCACUAUCUAUCUGGCCCUCGCGGUAGCCAAAACGAAAGCCGCGACAGGAAAGCCUGGUACGGUCAUCGCAACUGAGAAAGAGCCGGAGAAGGCAAAAAUUGCAAGAGACUAUUGGAAGGAGUGUGGCUCCGUGGUGGAAAACGAGAUUGAUCUUCGCGAGGGCGAUCUCCUAGAAACCCUGAAGGAGAACCUGCCAGAAGUUGACUUACUCUUACUGGACAUCUGGUCGAAACUUGCCCUCCCAACGCUCAAAACAGUCCAACCGCGUCUGCGGCACGGCGCCGUGGUCCUCACCGACAACACUAUCUCGGGUGCGCAGGGAUAUGCGGACUUACUGGCCUACCUCAGAGAACCAAGGAAUAGCUUCCGCAACAUGACUUUGCCCUUCACGAAUGGGUUCGAAAUGAGUGUUUAUCUACCAGAGAACAAAUAAUACACAACUGCACAAGUCUCUGUGUAAUAAUAAUAUCACGAUAUGAUUUGCUAUUAUAUUAUAUUUCAGUUCAUUAAAUACAACAUUGAAAUUGUGAUGGCCAUUGAAACUCUAUUCAUUUUUUACAUCCUGUCCUUUGACGCAGAAUUACACACCAGCAACGCUUUGUAACUACUGACUCUUAAUCCAAGAUUGAAUGCUAGAUUUGGC